GGCUAAUUAAUUUGGACUUGAAUCAGACCCACGUUAUGCUGGUGGAGCUGGUGUUGCUGGCCGCUGUGGCUCUGUCUCUCCCUAUCCUCUCCAAUGGGGAAGUGCUGUAUGUCAUGUCUGCUCCUAACCCUAUACGGGUGGGUAGCAUGGAAAGGGUCUUUGUUGAAGCUCAAGGUUACUCAGGGGAUGACUUCAAUGUCCAAAUCAAGGUGAUGGACUUCCCUGCGCACGAUAAAUCGCUUUACACCACAAGUGUGUCCCUGAAUUCAGUGAACAAAUACCAGGCAAUUAAGGACAUUCAAAUCCCGGAAAGACUUGGCUUCCUUGAGGGCUACACAGGGAACCAGUAUGUGUACCUGCUCGCUCAGUUCCCAAGCCACAAGCUUGAAAAAGUAGUCCUGGUCUCCUUUCAAACCGGCUACAUAUUUAUACAAACGGACAAAACCAUUUACACGCCGGAAAGUAUAGUUAAAUACAGAGUCUUCGCCUUAAACGCCGGUUUAGAGCCUGUAACAGAUAGCAUCAAUGUGGAAAUUAGGAACCCUGAUGGAAUCACCUUACUGCAGGAAGAUUUCAAACCAGAUAAUGGGAUGGCACCUAAAGUCUUCAGUGUCCCAGAAAUCACCAGCUUUGGAAACUGGAAAGUGGUGGCCAAGUUCAAGAAUAGCCCACAUAAGAACUUCACUGCAGAUUUCGAGGUGAAAGAAUAUGUUCUACCCAGCUUUGAAGUCAAAUUGACAGUGAGCAAGUCCUUCUUCUACGUUGACGACGAUGAGCUAACGGUCGACGUUGAUGCCAGGUACCUGUUUGGGGAGCCUGUGACAGGAGUUUGUUUUGUGGUGUUCGGGGUGAUCCAAGGAGAUGACAGGACGAGUUUUCCUGCCUCUCUCCAGAGAGUGGAGCUUAAGGAAGGAGAGGGCAACGCGGUACUGAAGAAAGAGCACAUUAGCAAAACUUUUAAAGACAUCAAUGACCUUUUGCAUCAUUCCCUAUACGUGUCAGUCAACGUGUUAACAGACACCGGGAGUGAGAUGGUGAAAGCAGAGAAAAAGGGAAUCUUCAUAGUCAAGUCACCGUAUAGCAUUCACUUCAGGAAGACCCCGCCGUACUACAAACCAGGAAUGCCGUAUGACGUCUCGGUGUAUGUGACCAAUCCAGACGAUUCUCCAGCCAAAGAUAUCGAUGUGGAGCUUUUACAAAAAGACCAACAAAUGCUGGGGAAGACCAAUGACAAUGGUCAUGCCAAAAUAACCAUUAACACGAUAGCGGGGGAUUCUGAGCUGCCAAUCACGGUGAAAACCAAAGUCGUUGGACUUGGGGAUGACAGGCAGGGCACACAGAAGAUGACUGCCAAACCCUAUCAAACAAAAGACAACUCACGGAACUACAUUCACAUACACAUCCAUUCUGCAGAUGUCAAAAUCAAAGAUCAACUCAAAAUAGACCUAAGCCUCGGCAGCAGUCCCUCGGCCCAAAAUGACAAUCAUGAGAUAACCUUCCUGAUCUUGAGCAAGGGACAGCUCAUCAACUCCCAAAAGAUCGAGUGGAGUAAGGGACAGGGACUGAUGUCACUGCCUCUGACGGUGAACAAGGAUAUGAUCCCCUCCUUCCGGGUCGUGGCGUAUUACCACGUGGGCCAGAAUGAGGUUGUGUCUGACUCUGUGUGGAUCGACGUCAAGGACACGUGCAUGGGAUUGCUAAAAGUGAAUGCUGUCAGACCCAGUGCUAGUUACGCACCUCAGAAAAGGGUCACCCUGUCUAUCAUUGGUGAUCCAGGGGCCAAGGUGGGACUUGUGGCCGUGGAUAAGGGGGUCUACGUCCUGAAUGACAAAAACCGACUUACUCAGACUAAGAUCUGGGAUACAAUAGAGAAACAUGACACAGGCUGCACUGCAGGGAGUGGAAAAGACAGUAUGGGGGUUUUCUACGAUGCUGGGCUGGUGUUUGCAUUCAACACUGCCGAGGGCACCCCUCAGAGGACAGUCUCCAGCUGCCCUGUCAACUCACGGAGACGACGAGCAGUGACUAUAAAUGAUGUAGUAACCACACUGGCGAGCCAGUACACAGGCCUGGAGAGACAGUGCUGCAUGGACGGUAUGAGAAAGAACAUUCUAGAUUACACGUGCGAGCGGCGUGCCCAAUACAUCAGCGAUGGAACAGAGUGUGUGGAAGCCUUCCUGAAAUGUUGUAGGGAAAUGGCCACCAAACGCGAAGAGGCCAAGACUGACCAGCUCAUACUAGCCCGCAGUGAGGAAGACCGAUUCGAAAGUUUUGACGAAAUCAGGUCCCGUUCCUUCUUCCCUGAGAGUUGGCUAUGGAAUGUGGAGAGUUUGCCACAGUGUUCUAAAGAAGAGUGUGCUAUACAGAAAACAAUUGACUUACCGGAUUCCAUCACCAGCUGGCAGAUCACUGCUAUUGGCCUGUCCAAAACACAUGGAAUCUGUGUGUCUGAACCCCUUACGCUGAUUGUUUGGAAGAACUUCUUCCUUGAUCUGAAGCUGCCCUACUCUGCCGUACGCAAUGAGCAGCUGGAAAUCAAAGCCAUUCUUCACAACUACAUGGAGGACACUAUAACCGUCCGUGUAGAACUGAGGGAGACAUCAGACGUGUGCAGCUCUGCCAGCAAGAAGGGGAAGUAUGUUGUUACUGUUAUGGUGGACCCCAGGUCCACACGAAGUGUCCCCUUUGUCAUCAUCCCCAUGAAGUUGGGCCUCCAUACCAUCGAGGUGAAGGCCUCCGUCCGAGAUUGGGGUGGUCAAGACGGUGUUAAGAAGGAGCUACGUGUGGUGGCCGAAGGGGUGCUGACAAGGCUUACGGUGAAGAAUGUGGAACUGAAUCCUGCCAGACACGGGGGGAUUGAUAUUGUGCAUGUUCGGAGUGGUGCACUGACGAACCAGGUUCCAAAUACACUUGCCAGCACACACAUAAGUGUGACAGGUGAGCAGUUGGCCCGGACGAUAGAGGCUGCCAUCAGUGGUUCGCCCCUGGGUGACCUCCUUCGGCAACCAGGUGGCUGCGGGGAGCAGAACAUGAUGAGCAUGACUUUACCUGUCAUCGCCACACUUUACCUGGACGAGACCAAGCAGUGGGAUAAGGUGGGAUUAGAACGCAGAAUGGAAGCAGUCAACUUCAUUCAAAUGGGCUAUACGCAGGAAAUGGCCUAUCGGAAAGCAGAUGGAUCAUAUGCUACCUUUCUUUAUGAGCAUAGUGGUACCUGGCUCACAGCUUAUGUUGCUAAGGUCUUUGCCAUGGCAAACCCGUUCAUCGUUAUUUCGAAAGAUGUCCUGUGCAGUGCAGUCAAGUGGCUUGUCAUGGAAAGACAGCGGCCCAAUGGCAUUUUUGAAGAAUCUGGCACAAUCCUGACCCCCAGCAUGAUGGGAGAUGUACUGGGGGAAAACGUGGACGACACACUGACAGCAUUUGUGCUCAUAGCCUUGCAGGAAGCACACACACGUUGCACAAAUUAUAGUAUCAGUGAGCUACCAGACAGCAUGAAAAAGGCUAGGCAAUACCUGGAAUCUCGGAAUCAAUACCUGACCAACCCCUAUUCAGUGGCCAUGACCUCAUAUGCCCUGGCUAACGAGGGCAAGCUCAACAAGGAUAUCCUGUUCAAAUACUCAUCUACAGACCGGACCCACUGGCCUGUUUCAGACAAACACCUUCUCACAUUGGAGGCCACAGCUUAUGCCCUGUUGGCCCUGGUGAAGGCCGGUGCCUUUGAGGAGGCUGGUCCCAUCGUCAGAUGGCUCAACAGCCAGGGGUUUCAAGGUGGAAAAUAUUCAUCCACUCAGGCCACUAUCAUGGUGUUCCAGGCUGUGGCAGAAUACACGACGAAAGCAGGAAAAGUAAAAGACAUUGAUCUGAAUGUGAACAUUGAUAUCGCAGGGAGAUCUCAAGUCAUCAAGUGGUCAUAUAACAAACAUAACGCCUUACUCACUCGCACCGACAAGGUCAAGCUCCAUGAGAACUUCACAGUAACAGCCAAAGGAGUUGGUCAGGGGGAAUUAUUGGUUACAACCUUAUACUAUGCCAUGCCCAAGGAGAAGAACCAAGAGUGCAAAACCUUUGUGCUUAAUGUGGAACUAAUAAAACAGGUUACAGUUUCACUCAAAGAAGCUACAGAGACAUAUAAGCUCUACAUUGACGUGUUGUUUAACUCUGACAGAAAUGCCACCAUGACAAUUUUAGACAUCAGCUUGCUGACUGGCUUUGUAGUUGACUUUGAGGAUCUGAAAGAGUUGUCAACCGGGAGGGAAAGGUACAUUCAGAAGUUUGAAAUGGACCAAACGUUGUCUGAGAGGGGCUCCCUCAUUAUCUAUCUUGACCAGGUUUCUAAUAAACUAGCAGACAAGGUGGCGUUCAGAAUACACAAGGUACAAGAUGUAGGUCUGAUUCAACCUGUUGGGGUCACCGUUUAUGAAUACUAUGCUCAAGAGAACCGCUGUGUGAAGUUCUACCACCCAAUGAAGAAGGAUGGAACCCUGAACAGGCUUUGUCAAGAGGAUGUGUGCCGUUGUGCUGAAGAGAGCUGUAGCUACCAGAAGAAACUUGGAGACGUGAGUGAAGUAAAAUUGUUGGACAAAGCCUGCGAAGCUGGUAUGGAUUAUGUUUUCAAAGCCUCCAUGGUUAAUGCAACACUGGAGUCCUACACCGACACAUACCAAAUGGAAAUAAAAAUGAUUAUCAAAGAAGGCACUGACUUUCUGUUGGAGGGGGAAAAGCGCUUGUUCCUGGCCCACCCCUCCUGUAGAGAGACACUGGAUCUGAAAGAAGGCCAGAGCUACCUGCUCAUUGGAAACACUGCAGAUCUAAUCCAGAGUGGUCACGGAUUCGAGUAUGUAUUGGGUGAGCGGACAUGGAUCGAGUACUGGCCCACAAGUGCUGAGUGCAAUAUGCGGGGUCCGGUCAGGAAAAGAUGUUUGGAAAUCAAUGACUUUGUUCACGAAAUGGAAAGCGAAGGAUGUGUAAACUAGAGUGAACAUGUGUUAUUCUGUUGUUUUCAUUUGACACAGUCAUUUUUUUUCCUUGCACAAGAAUGUCUUUGUACCAAAUGUAGCCUAAAUUAGCACUAUACUUGUCAAUUAAAAUGCUUUUGUUUGUUGUACUGGAAGAUGCUUGCAAAAACACGAAUAAAGAUGUUUUUCGAAUUUU